GGUCUUGAACUUCUGACCUCAUGUGAUCCACCCACCUCGGCCUCCCAAAGCGCUGGGAUUGUAGGUAUGAGCCAUCGCGCCUGGCCCUUUGUGUCUGUUUCUGAGGGUGACUGGGAAGAUCCUGUGAGCCUGUGAGUGAAUGAAUGUAUCAUAGCUUGUUGAUAUGAACUACUUCGUGGCCCAACCACUCAAGGGCACUGCUGGGCCUGAUUUCCAGACCCCCAUCACCAGCCACUGCUGUGGGGUACCACUUCUCUGAACAGCCAAGCCUCCCCCGGCCCUCCCUCCCCCAGGCCUCCAGGACUGCUUGGGUGGGGCAGGGCUGGCUGAGUGCCAGCCCCGUCAUGAGGCUGCAGAGUCUGAGCCCACUUGACCUUGGAAAGGGCCUCUCUCUGGCUGGGCUCCAAGGCUGCCCCCAAGAGACACAGGGUAGUGGCUGGGCAGCAGAGAGAACUGGGUGGGGCAGAGAGAGAACCGCUUGCCAGAGCUGUCCUGGGUCCCUGAGACAACGGGCUAGAGGACAGAGGAGAACGACCAGCCAGCCACGGGAGGGGCUCCGCUUGGCAGCUGCAUCAGUAGCCUGGCAGAGCCUACUCCUCACAGUCAAGUAGGCUGCCUGAGAAGCGGGUGAGCGCCCUGUCCUGGGAGAUGUGUAAGCAACUGCUCAAUGGCCUCUGUUAGGGGGGCAGGCAGGGCUCUAAUACAAGACCAGGGGAAUAAAUUGGACCCAGAACCUAAAGAAUCCCGGCUAUUUGGGCUGCAGAGUGGCAGUCCUGUGAGUUGGGGGGCUCUAACAGACUUUUCCCAGUAUUCCCCCGUUACAUCCAACAAUUGCCCCCAUAGUUGUGCAUCACAAAGCCCGGGGUCCAAGCACCUCCAGUCACAGCUUCAAGACACACGCUGGAUCCCGUUUCACAGCUCCUAACCCCCACUCAGGCUAGUGCUUUAAAAAUUGCACACAGGUCCUGCCCCAUUAGUGGGCUGGGAAAUUGAUUCAGUGAGUUGCACUACUUGUUUUCUGGAAAUGAAAUUAAAAAGAAAAUUUCAAAAUACUAUGCAUGUAGUGAGGGUAAAUACUAUUUUGUGACGCUCUUACUUCAGCUUUAAAUAUAUAACCGGGUGCAGUGGCUCACGCCUGUAAUCCCAGCACGUUGGGAGGCCGAGGCGGGAGGAUGGCAAGAGCCCAGAAGGUUGCAAUUGAGCUGUGAUCGCAUCACUGCACUCCAGCCUGGGCAUUGGAGCAAGACUCUAUAUCUAAAAAAUAAAUAUAAAGUACGUUAAAAUAACAAACAGGAUGUUUGCUUUUACUGUGGAUUUUGGUCAAAAAGCUUGAAAGCUACUGUCCUGUAUAGAAAUCCAGGAGGUGCCCCAUAGAGCUCUGACGCAUGGGUUCCUAUUUCCCUGGAUGUUUGGUUCCUAAAAAUGUAAGUGCCACGACUUCCAGGAUGCUGCUGUCCUGCCCUCAGAAGUAGCCUGUCCCUUGCUCAGUGGACCACCCAGGUCCAGGGCCCCACGCUCCUCCAGAGUCACCACCUCUCCCCAGGGCCUAGAUCCCAGGCUGGGCCAAAUUCCCUGCUUUCCACUCAGCCCAGGCCCAGCCCUGCUCUGUCCUUGUGCUCUCCUGCUUGCCCCCAUCUUCCUGGGACCUUCUCUCUAGGCCUUUUCACACACACACACCUGCACACACACGCAUGCAUGCACACAUGGGUGCAUGGAGCUCAGCAAAGCAGGUUUGUGACUUACCUGUUUCCCUUCAGCAUACAGUAGGUGCUCAACAAAUGUUCACUCAAUUAUUUACAGAGCGCCCUCCGAGGCAAGGCACUCUGCUGUGUUGAGACACAUCUGGCACCUGGCAGGAAGGCAGAUCCUAUGCCAGCUCAGGGGACGUUUAGGGUGAUGAAUGAAUGGAUGGAUGGGGGUUGGCUGGAGCUGGAGAUUCUCUGGCCUGAGGAGCCAGUGGGGAGGUGGUCAGAAGUAAAGAGGUGCACGCAGCCCGUGGCCCCCCAUGGCAGGCAUUCUGUUAGUGACAAUCCCUUGGGGCUGUGGCCCAGCACUGGGUCAUGGGCAGGGGCUGACUCUUCCUCCCGCUGUCUCUGGUCCUUCUGAGGCCUCUGUCUGCCGUGCCUUCUCCCACUAGGUCCUGUACACAUGUCCCUGCCACCCAUCCUUGGGUGAAGCCAGGACAUCCUCCCCUGAGCCCCUGACACCUGGGGGACGCCUGAGAAGAGAAGCCCAUGCUCCGUGGAGGGUGAGGCAGAGACUUGAGCCCUCUGACAUCCUGUCCUCUCUCCCCUCUGUUCAUGGCCACUGUGCUCUUGUACAGUGACACAGAGGGUCUUCUGGUCCCUGCUCAGAGGCCACCUCCACUGGGAAGUUCUCCCUGACUACUGUGUCAAAAAUAGCUUCUCCUUGGUCACGAUCUGUCACAUGGCCCAGUUAGACCCUUCCCGGGAAUUGUGACGGGCUGGGUUAUCUUGUCAGUCGUUAGAUGUUUAUGAAGCAGCUACUCUGUGCCAGGCUCUGGGAGUUGGGGUGAAGUAGGGAGGCAAGGUUCCUGCCCUUAAUGAGGUUGCAAAUGAAACUGCUUUGGUUGCUGAGGGCUGCCAGGAAGAUCUGAGAGCUGGAUGGGGAGGGCGGGCCUCGGGGCCUCUUGGGACAGGCAGCCUUUGAGUCAAGAUCUGAAUGGCAGGAAGGCCCGAGUGGUGGAGUCUUGGAGAAGAGAAUUUCAACCAGAAAGAACAGCGAGAGCAAAGGCCCAGCGAUGUGAACAAACUUGGCCCUGCGUCUUCCCAGGUGACCACGCCGGCUUCAGGACAUGCACGGACACAGCCGCAACGGCCAGGCCCACGUGCCCCGGCGGAAACGCCGCAACCGCUUUGUCAAGAAGAACGGCCAAUGCAAUGUGUACUUCGCCAACCUGAGCAACAAGUCGCAGCGCUACAUGGCGGACAUCUUCACCACCUGCGUGGACACGCGCUGGCGCUACAUGCUCAUGAUCUUCUCUGCGGCCUUCCUUGUCUCCUGGCUCUUUUUUGGCCUCCUCUUCUGGUGUAUCGCCUUCUUCCACGGUGACCUGGAGGCCAGCCCAGGGGUGCCCGGGGCGGGGGGGCCGGCGGCGGGCAGUGGUGGGGCAGCCCCAGCGGCCCCCAAGCCCUGCAUCAUGCACGUGAACGGCUUCCUGGGUGCCUUCCUGUUCUCGGUGGAGACGCAGACGACCAUCGGCUACGGGUUCCGGUGCGUGACGGAGGAGUGCCCGCUGGCAGUCAUCGCUGUGGUGGUCCAGUCCAUCGUGGGCUGCGUCAUCGACUCCUUCAUGAUCGGCACCAUCAUGGCCAAGAUGGCGCGGCCCAAGAAGCGGGCACAGACGCUGCUGUUCAGCCACCACGCGGUCAUCUCGGUGCGCGAUGGCAAGCUCUGCCUCAUGUGGCGCGUGGGUAACCUACGCAAGAGCCACAUUGUGGAGGCCCAUGUGCGGGCACAGCUCAUCAAGCCCUACAUGACCCAGGAGGGCGAGUACCUGCCCCUGGACCAGCGGGACCUCAACGUGGGCUAUGACAUCGGCCUGGACCGCAUCUUCCUGGUGUCGCCCAUCAUCAUUGUCCACGAGAUCGAUGAGGACAGCCCGCUCUAUGGCAUGGGCAAGGAGGAGCUGGAGUCGGAGGACUUCGAGAUUGUGGUCAUCCUGGAGGGCAUGGUGGAGGCCACGGCCAUGACCACCCAGGCCCGCAGCUCCUACCUGGCCAGCGAGAUCCUGUGGGGCCACCGCUUUGAGCCCGUGGUCUUCGAGGAGAAGAGCCACUACAAGGUGGACUACUCGCGUUUUCACAAGACCUACGAGGUGGCCGGCACGCCCUGCUGCUCGGCCCGGGAGCUGCAGGAGAGUAAGAUCACCGUGCUGCCCGCCCCGCCGCCCCCUCCCAGUGCCUUCUGCUAUGAAAACGAGCUGGCCCUCAUGAGCCAGGAGGAAGAGGAGAUGGAGGAGGAGGCAGCUGCGGCGGCCGCAGUGGCCGCAGGCCUGGGCCUGGAGGCCGGCUCCAAGGAGGAGGCGGGCAUCAUCCGGAUGCUGGAGUUCGGCAGCCACCUGGACCUGGAGCGCAUGCAGGCUUCCCUCCCGCUGGACAACAUCUCCUACCGCAGGGAGUCUGCCAUCUGACCUCCAGGCCUGGCCCUCACCACUGCCCACAAGAGCCUCUGCCGGGGGUAGGAUGCCAGGACACCCCCUCCCACACUCAGGACAGAGCCAACCCUGGCUCCAUGGACCUUCUGGAGGAAGGUGGGGGUUUCAAAGACUGGGAGACCCCUUCCUCCUGACUCCAGCACCCAGGCCUGGGAAGAGCUCGGCCCAAUCAGCCAGGGUUCCCCCAGCGCCUACUCCUGGUGACUCUGGGUCCCCGGAUCCACCACCCUUCCCCCACUGACUCGUCAAGGACGUGCCCUCUUUGCUCUCAGAACCUUGGGGAAGGUGACUGGACUGCUGGGUGGGAGACAUCUCGGGGUUUCAGGGUGGGCAGGGGGUUAGUUUGGGGAGGGGGGUGCGUUUCUUUUGCAUGACUGUGGCCUGUUGCUCAUGACUUUCUUUUGUAAAUAUCUAUAAAUGGAGACAGAUGGAGACACCAAA